CUCACACAUCUAAAUUAAUCAUAAUGCAGUCAGUACUACAGCCCAUUAUCGGUCCGAAGAAGGAGAUCCACGACCUGACCGGUCGCGUGGCUCUGAUUACCGGCGGCGCUUUGGGGAUCGGCUACGAGGUCGCUCGUGCAUUCGUGCUCAAUGGCGCCCGGGUAAUCAUGGUAAACCGCAAGGAGGAGCAAGGCCAGUCGGCGAUCGAGAGCAUCAAGAAAGAGGCGGGCGAGAACGCCCAGAUCGAAUGGGUGCCCUGCGACAUGGGCAACCUGAAGGAGGUGCGCGAGGUCUUCGAAGGCAUCCGCAAGCGUGAAGAGCGGCUGGACCUGCUCAUCCUCUCGGCGGGCAUCAACGCCAACCAGUACGGCGAAACCCACGACGGCAUCGACCGCCACUUCCAGGUCAACUGGCUGGGCCAGUUCUACGUCGUUAACCAGCUCUACCCUCUCCUGCGCAAGACGUCCAAGCUGCCCAACACCCCCGCCCCGCGCAUCGUCUUCGAGUCGUCUGAACAGCACCGCAACGCGCCCCCGAACACCCACUUCGCCUCGCUGGAGGAGCUGAACAACCCCGAGGUCGGCAACACCGAGCUGUACGGCCGCACCAAGCUGGCCAUCAUCCUCGGCGUCAAGUACGGCCUGCUGGACCGCGUCAUCAAACCUAACAACGAUAACAUCUAUGCUCUUUCGGUGCAUCCGGGCGCGGUUAACACCGCGAUGCAACAGCAGUGGAAGGACGCCUACCCAGGCCUGUUCGGCAACAUCCUGAGCAAGCUGAUGCUAGCUGUGGGCCGCAAUGUCGAGCAGGGCUCCUUCAGUGCCCUGUGGGCUGCGACGAGCCCUGAGGUGGAAGAGAAGGGGUGGAACGGUUGGUACUUCAGUGAUGUUGCGCAGCCGGGCAAGGAGUCCAGUCAGGCUUCUGAUCCGACGCUAGGAGUUGCCCUCUGGGAUCUCAGCCACCGGCUGAUCAAGGAGAAGGCCGGUGAGGAUGCAGUCGUGGAUUGGAAUGCAAGCGCAUGAGUUGUUUUCUUAGCGUGUCCAUCAGCAAUCUUAUAAUAGUAUGUUCGGUAAUGUAUCUACUUCAUGAUUGAUGCAAUUAUGCAC